GUGUCCGUUGGUGUCCUGCCUGUGUGGGAGAGCGUACGUAAGCGCGUGCCUCUCUCUGCCUGAGUGCGUGUGUGUGUGUGUGCCUGUAGGUGUAAGGGCGCCAAGUGGUUCACCAGUUAAACAACAACAGUCAAACAGAGACAUUUAUCCUUCGAGAGGAAGACGCAGACAAAUAUUUAUAUAGACAGAUAGACAGCCGCAACCGAAAAUAUCAAACCAACUGAAAAAUUUGGAGAAAUAGGCGUCCACAGCGGAAGACGCUGAGAAGCAGGCAACAGUUCUGUUGCCGGCUAACAUGGAAAUGGAUGUUAAUCGCCAGACACGCCACAAUGGCAACCUAAUGACCAUAUCCGCCCGCUGUUCCAACAACAAUUCAACAGCAACAAUAGCAGCAGCAGCAGCAGCCACUACAGGAACUGAGGCAGCAACAGCAUCCUAUUCGGCGCCGCCGAGCGGGUGUUGCGGCAUCUUGAGUCGCCUCUUUUGUGUUAAUCGCCACAAGGCAACGCAUUCGGUGGCAGGCAGCGAGUGCCACAGCAGCGAUCCAUUCUCGUCUCAACUGCACUGCAAGGCGGCCACUGCAUCCGGACAGCGACGCCGACGGACGCCACAGGAAAUCUACUUCGAGAGUCGCGGCAAGUCCUGCAAGAAGCUAUUGAAAUUCAAUGGAAAUUCCAAUAAGAUAUUGCUUUAUCCUGAAGAGGGCUGGGCGCGCACCGCCUCGUCCAGCUACUGGACUAUCACGCCCUGCUGGUGGCAGCCCAAUCGGUGCCGCAUUGUCGAGUUCUCCGGCACCCAGCGUAGGGCGACAAAGGCACAAAUGCUGCCACUGGAGCAGCAGGGUUCCCUGCUGAUUGCCGGACACUUUGGCAGGAGCACGCCAGUGGCGUCGGCAUCGACAGCAGCAGCAGCAUCCGGAACUGUGGCUGCCACUCCAACCUCUGCUGGAUCUGGAGCAGGAGCAACAACCACUGCGGCGGCAACAACAGGCCCUCGGAGCAGGUCCAAGGGCUGUGACAAGUCACAGCCUGCGCGGAACGACGAGUUCAAGCUGUAUCUGACGUCGAACAUCUCGAUGGAGGACUACAACAUGGGUUACUGCCUCACGGGCUUUGUGGAGAGGCGCUGCCAGCUGACAAACACCUUUCAGAUGACUCACUUUGCCGUCAUCAAGCGGCAGUGGCCGCCGUCGCCGUCCAAUCUGAGCAAAUCGUAAGAUAACAUGGCUCCAACUGCAAUUCCAACCUUUACAACCCCCCACACAUUUGUGAUUGUGAUCCGGUCUUUGGUUUAGAUUUGAACCCGAUUUUUGUAAAAUUUUUAGCAAUUAAGUAGUGUGAAAUAAUUGUUGUGCAAUCUCAAAUCGAAAUCAAAAGAAGUACACCUUCAGGCAGUGCCCUGAACACGAUGAUAGAUUAAACUCUUUGGCUAUAAAGGCACCUAAUUCUAGUGAAAGAGAAAACUUAGAUGAGCUCAAGCUUACGCAGCGGGAGUAUAUUUAGCCUACAUAUAUUUAAGGGACGACUGGAACUUCGCUUCUGUGGGUAUUUAGUGAGUAAAUGUAUUUUUAUCUAAAUGUUCUAGAGAAAUGCCAGCAAAAACUUAGCAGAAACCCCAAACCGAAACCGAAACCGAGAAAAAAACUCUAUGUGUGCUUUCAGUGUUGUGUACUACAAAAAAAUAAAUAUAUAAAAAAACGCAUGAAAAACGAACUGUUAAAUGCCAAAUGAAACUAAACCGCUUAGCCAACACACACAAACACACACACACGCAUAGUAGUAGCAGCAGCACACUCAUACAGUUGCAGCACUUGAGCUUGGGCAGCUACUUAAUUCCUCAAAAAAGUGCAACAAAUUGAAACUUGUGCUUGUCGAAGCAUGUGAUUGUGAGUGCUCCACUAGGGGCACGGCACCUAAGUGUGCAAGUGUGCAAGUGCGCUGGUGUGCUUGUGUGUGUGUGUGUGUGUGUAUGUGCUUGAUGGCUGGAUACUCCCUCUCUCUUCUACGACAUACAUACACACUCUUAUAUGUACUUAAACGGCCAUGUUUGCGCAACUUAUUGCCUUUAAGCUUUAAAAUAUAAGCAAAGACAGGAGCAAACAAGCCAACAGCUUGAAGGGAUGGCAUCAGCCACUAGGCAGCGGGAAAUGAUUGUAUUCACUCUGUGGGGUAACUGCUUGAAAAUUCAACUCCAACUUACAUGGAAUUCCAUAUCCAUAUAGUAUCCCCCCCACAAAGGUGCUGCUGCUUCUGUUGCUGCUGAGUGGCUGGCAUCAGUCCUUCGGAAGUCCAGUCCAAUGUUUGCACUGUCACACACUUUCUAAGCUUAGCUAGCUCUACGAGUAACUAUCUCAUCCCAAUCACCGACCCACUCACCACUGACCCUACUCUCACUUGUGCUGUCGCUCUGUCCCCUCAUCCACUCACUUUUGAGCAUAAUACGCAACGUAUAUCAACAAUUCGUCCAAUAAUUGGAGUCUUUUGGCGCACAAAUUGCCAAGAGAACAAUUGGCAAGGCCAAAGCUCCAGUUGCCAAAGAACCCUAAGUGUUAAAAACAAAUAAACGAAAACCAAAGCUAAUUAAAAACCAAAAAACUGUAUGUAGUUUAAGGAAUACAUAGUUUAAAAGUCGAAUAUUUACAACUAGAGUUUAUGAAAUCUAUAUAUUGUAUGUGUGUAGGCUGAACCUUUU